AGGGGAUGUCAUAUUGAGACUAUAGUCUCUUUUUCAAGAAAGGCAGCACUUAAAAUGUAUCAGCACCCCAUAAACCAUACUACAAAACCUAACAAGGACAAAAAUUAAAUACAACAACAAACAAAAUAUGACACAAUAACAUAACCAGGACAGGCUUUGAAUCGAGAACAGCUCAAAAUGAUUUCAAUGUAAGUUGAUUCAAUCCAGUAAUUUGAGUUUGGUUGACAUAUAUGUCAAACUGCGUGAACCAAUCAAAGCGAGCUAAAUCCAUCCGCAUCAUAGGUGGCGUCAAACUCAGUCUAGCUCUCAUCCCGGUAGGAGCAGGUACCCCUCCCCAGGCGCAGAUGGUUCCUCCUCCCAGCUGGACUGAAGUGGUGCUGAUGAUGUCAGAGCGCUGAGUGAGGCUGAGCUCCGCGCGAGCUGAGAUGAUGGCGAGCGCGCUCACGGCAUUCCUGUCUCUCUAGUACAACGCGUUCACCAGCGCAUCAUCUUAACGAUGGACGGCAAUGUCUUCCCCGACCAAGAACAGCUGCUGGUAUUCCUGAAAAAGCUCAAAGAAGUGUUCGACGUGUGCGACGAGGAUGCAGACGGAUAUAUUCGGGUUGAGCACUUCGUGGACCUCGGUCUACAGUUCGGCCAGGGAGAUGAAGUGAAGAAGUUUGCCAAGUAUCUGGAUCCCAAUGCUCAUGGUAGAAUUAACUUCAAAGAUUUCUGUCAUGGAGUGUUUGCAAUCAAAGGCUGUGAGGAGAUUCUGAAAACUGCACUUGGGACCCCCAACAUUGGAGCACAGCCAUACCAGACAGACAAUGGCUACUACUAUCAGCACGGGGAGGGGAGUCUGGGACCCCCGAUCAUUGUAUGCACACGGCCGUACCCAGAGUGCCAGCUGUAUUCGGACGAGGAAGGAAUGGGUGGACGGGAUGCGCAGGAGUCAGACAUGGACAGUGCUGCAGACAGCGGAGCAGGAUCUGAAUCUUCUGAAGGUGGACGUCAUGAGGAUAAAGAGGAAGGACUGGGUGGACUCUUUCUACAUGGAAACAACUGUAGUCAGAUGGUCUCAUCAGCAGCGGCCUCAGUAAUCUCAGUGGAGGAGCAGUUUGAGGACUAUGGAGAGGGAGAGGAUGUGGACUUCACUCCCAGCAGCCCCAUCCCUGAUGAUGACACACGUACUAAUGGUUUCUCUGACCUGGGCUCCUCUCUGCCCUCCAGUGCUGGUCAGACCCCUCAGAAGAUCAGACACCUGUACAACAGUGAGCUUCUGGAUGUUUACUGCUCUCAGUGCUGCAAGAAAGUCAACCUGCUCAAUGACCUGGAGGCCAGACUCAAAAACCUCAAAGCUAACAGCCCAAACAGGAAAAUUUCCAGUACAGCAUUUGGUCGUCAGCUCUUCCACCACAGUAACUUCAGCAGCAGUCAGGGCAGCACAGAGGAUCUCUUCAGAGACAGCAUCGACUCCUGUGAUAUUGACAUCACUGAAAAGGUGAGUUAUUUGGAAAAGAAGAUCACAGAGCUUGAGAACGACAGCCUGGCUAAUGGAGAUCUGAAAUCCAAACUUAAACAGGAAAACACACAACUAGUUCACAGGGUACAUGAGCUGGAGGAGCAGAUCAAAGAUCAGGAAACUCGUGCAGAGCAAUGUCUAGAGGAGGAGCUGAAGAGACACAGAGAGGCCUACAGUAAGAUGGAGAGAGACAAGAGCACUGAGAUUGAGCUGCUUAGUAACAGGGUCCAGCAGCUAGAAGAGGAGAACGCAGAGAUGAAAGUGAACGUGUGCAGACUCAAGUCUCAGACUGAGAAACUAGACCAGGAGAAGCAGCGUAUGACAGAUAAACUGGAAGACACAAGCCUGCGUUUGAAGGAUGAGAUGGAUUUGUACAGGAAAAUGAUGGAUAAGCUUUGGCAGAACAGACAUGAGUUUCAGAAGGAGCGAGAGGCCAUGCAAGAGCUGAUUGAAGACUUGCGGCGUGAACUGGAGCACCUGCAACUCUUUAAACUGGAGACCGAGAAACCCGGCCGUGGCCGUAGUGCUGCAGGACUGUCGGAGUACAAUGCCAAGACUCGAGAGAUUGAACUGGAGCACGAAGUAAAACGGCUUAAGCAGGAGAACCAUAAACUCAGAGACCAGAACGAUGAUCUCAACGGACAGAUUCUCAGCCUCAGCCUAUAUGAGGCCAAAAACCUGUUCGCUUGUCACACCAAGGCCCAGUCACUGGCAGCAGAGAUAGACAACGCCUCCAGAGAUGAGCUGGUUGAAGCAUUGAAGGAACAAGAGGAGAUCAACUUCCGUUUAAGGCAGUACAUGGACAAGAUCAUCCUGGCUAUCCUCGAUCACAACCCCUCCAUUUUAGAGAUCAAGCAUUAAGCCUCUGAGCUGAGAGCAGAUAGAGGACUCAAACUUGGUAGAGAGCUCCCCCUUCAGGCCGGGGGUUUGAAAUGUACCCCCUUAAACCAAGUCAUAAUGUAUUUACAGAGCAAAUUGCUGUAAAAAUGAUCGUGUCUCUCAUGUGCCCUGUCUCACGCACACACGGGUUACAGUUUCCAUUUCCAUGCUAUGAGUUUAGGCUGUAGAAAUGACACAAACAAGUGAUGAAACUGGAAUAUAGAGUAGAAGUGUACUUUUCACUCUCAGUUAUAUAUACACACUACCUCUGAGUAUGUACAACUCAGUGUUGUAUUCUACACAUGAACAAAACAAGUAGAAUUAUGAGAAAUAUCACAUGAUCACACCAUAUAGGAGAGCUAUACAUGCACCCUAUGGCAUGUGGGGUUUAUUAUUACUAUUAUUAUUAUUAUUAUUUGAACAUUUUAAUCAGCCCUAUAGACCUUCUCUAUAAAGUACUGUUUGCCUAUAUGAAGUUUUAGCAAUCCAGUGCUGAAUCAAUGGACAGAGCAAUAGAAAGACAUGACUGUAUAAAAACUAUAAUCAGCAGAUAAGGGAACUUCUUACAGUUUAUGCUUACAGUUGUCAUACUGAUGGGCUGAAAUAAUCAUACAGCUUGUAACGGGACUGUGCUGACCAUCCUUUGACUGAGGGGUCACAUGUAAUACAGAAGCACAAGUGAACGGUGUGAGUACAGGCGACACUGUUGUACAAUAUAGUAAAUACAUAUAGAAAGAAAAAUCUAUAGAAAAUGUGAAAAAGAAAGGUUUAUUUUUCUUAGAAGUCUGUUUGAAUGAAAUGGUCCAUUGAAGUUUCAAGGAAGAGGUGGAUGUAGUACAUAAUGAGUGAGAAGUAAAUGAUUAUGAUAUAAUAAAAUCUUAUUGUUUUACCAAGAAAACAAACUAAAAAAAGCCCCAAAAAUGUAUGGCCAUAAUACACUCUAGUUAAAACAUUAAUAUCAUGGUAAAUGUUUAUUAGAACAAUUUAUGGUCUAAAUACAAAAUAUAUGCAAAUUCAAAUAUAUAUCAAUAUAUAUAUAUAAAAUAUACACAUUACCGUUCAAAAGUUUGGGGUCAGUAACAUUUUUUUUUUUUAACAAUCUCUAUUAAGCAAGGAUGCAUUAAAUUGAUCAAAAGUGACAGUAAAGACAUUUAUAAUGUUACAAAAGCGUUCUAUUCCACAUUCUAUUCUAUUUCAACAUUGAUAAUAAUGAUAAAUGUUUCUCAUCAUAUUAGAGUGAUUUCUGAAGGAUCAUGUGACACUGAAGACUGGAGUAAUGACAAAAUCUAUUACAAUAGAAAACAUUGAAAUAAUAUUUCACAACAUAUACUGUUUUUAUUGUAUUUUGGAUCAAAGAAAUGGUGAGCAUAUAACACUCUUCUUUCAGAAACAUAAAAAAAAAAUCUUAAUGACCCCAUUAUUUUACCUUUUUGUCUUGGUCACAUGAUAUUAAACAUCUUGAUAUUGUACAUGAGUGAAGCUGCACAUUUAAUAAAAGUGCUUGAACUGUACAUCCCAUGAAUGUAUCACCAUGCCACUCACAGUAUUCUGUAUUCCCAUUUUCUGGAUUGAACUCGUCAAAUACUAUGUGAAUCACAGUAUUUUAAAGGAGCCAAUACUGCUACAUGCUCGAUUGUCACAAACUAGUUUUGCUUUGUUGCACAAAUUGUACUGAAUCUGUUUCUUUGCAUGGUCUUAAUCUCUUUCUGUUUGUGCCCUUUAUUUGGAAUGUAACAAUUAAUGUUUCGGUUGUUUCAAUAACUAUGAAUCUGAUCAGUUAUAGAGGAGCUUUUAUAUCUUUCUGUUCUACUUGUUCUGUAGCAUUUUUCACUCAUUGUAAAUGUUGUACAGAGACUAGUUAAUAUUUGUAUUGAUGUGCCACUCAUUAACCUUAAUGAAUAAAGGAAAGGCUGUCUUUUAUACAGUUUUAUGAGAAAAUGGCAAGUUAGACGUGUGACCAAGUAAUGUGUAAAUCAUUUGUAACUGUUGCAAUGAAGUGACAUCACACCUUACUCAUCAGCGCUGAUGUCGCAGACAAGACUCGUUCUUCAUUAUCAAUCUAAAGAAAGGAAAUUUGAUUUCGAGCGAUCCUCUGAAGAAACACCCAUAUAAUAUCAUUUCUGUUUAACUCUUGAAUGAGCAAACCCUGACCCAUUCCCAGCAGCAAUGUUACUUUUGCACAUUUUGAAGAGUUGUGCUGUGUCCGUGUCCACUGUUGCAGGUUAGACCUAACACAGUUUGACUUUUUUUUUUCUCUGUGGUUCAUGGUUUACACAACCUUUUUGUUGUUUACGCCUUUUUUGUUAUAGAAAAGAUUGGCCUUUCUUUUGUCCAGUGUGUGGGUAUGUAACUAGAUUACUAGUACUCAUUUAUAUUUACACAAGUAGGAAAGGACAAAUGAAACAAGCUUUCAGAAAAUUAAAUAAUAGUUUAAAGGCCUCAAGAGUUAUGACAAAUUUGAAAUGUACAAUAAAUGACUUGUUUUGGCAUGA